AAUAGAGGGGGAGGUCUGUGCGGGGAGACGGAGCUUUGCCGUCUGGCAAAACAGCAUCCUUCCCUCUUUUCUGCUCCUCCCCUCUUCCCUCUCGGCAUCUCUCCCACGCUCCGGAGCUCAGCCUUCAGCUCCCCGGAUCCUCCCAGAUUCUCCAGAGCGGAGGUGGGCGUGCGGAGCCUCUGACCCUCUGUCGCCCACUCGCGUUCUCCGUCUCUCCCUCUUCUCUGCAGCUCCUGGGGGCUAUGGAUGGAUUGCGAUUGCCUCCACUCAUAGAAGAAGCGUUGGACUCCACAGAUGACCCCAGUGAUCUGAAAGCUGAGAGCAGCCCCACAAUGGACAACGAAAUAACAGCCAAGGAGAGAGGCAUCCUGCAGAACAAUGAGAAGGAGGAAAUGGAUCAGGAGAGAUGUCAGGAGGAUGAGAGUGAAGAAAAGAAACUGAAGGAUGAGGAAGGUGAAGGGGAGGAGAAAAAAAGGAAGGAGCAAGAGCCACUGACCGAGGAGCAGGAGCUGGAGGAGCUGAAGGCUCAGGUACUGCAGCUGCUGCUGGAGCUGGAGGAAGCCAGGGAGACCUCCAACAAACACCAAGAAAGCUUCCACGAGUUGCAAGGUCUGUUAGACGAUGAACGUCUGGCUAGUGCUCAUCAGGCUGAGGCCUUCACACGGCAGAUCCAGAACCUACAAGCCCAGCUGCGUUCUGUGCAGGAGGAGAUGGACAGCCUGGAGGAGGAGAAGGAGAGCGAGCUGUCAGAGGCCCAGGAGGAGCUGCGUGUGGCCCAAGAGGAGAUACUUUUGCUCCAGCAGGGGGCGGAGGAGGCGGCUGCAGAGCGGGAGAACGACAUUGCAUCCCUGCAGGAAGAGCUGUGUCGCAGGCGUGCUGAGCUGCAGCGUCUCAGUGAGGAGACCCAGGAAUACGAACUGGAGAUCACCACGCUGAGGGCCGAGAUCAGCAUGAAGAGUCAGCGCAGGGAGGCUGAGAGGAGAGAGGGUGACGUGGACCUGCUGAAGGAGGAGUGCCGUAUGCUGAGGGAGGAGUGUCAGACCCUGAAGGAAGACAACAGGCGCCUCUCUGAGAGGCUGCAGCUGCUGCAGAGACAGAGGACAUGCUCCAGUGUCUACCUGUCGCUGAAAGAGGAAGACACAGAGGAGGGUACUGAAGGGAAGGAGACGGGCUCAGAUGAAGUUAUGACAGAGAGCUAUAUGACCAUGGUCCAGUCUGACAAUUGUCGCCUGGUGGAUGCCUCCAUCCAGAAAAAUAUCUCAUUUGAUGGGAAGCCAAUGACACCCACAACCUGGAAUGGAGGUGUUGGAGAGAUCUUCUCACUGCGAGACCAGCUGAAACAGGCUGAGGAGAAGGCUUCACAGGUUCAGAGGGAGUGUGAUGGUCUGAAGAUGGAGCUGCAGGAGCUGCAGAUACUGUAUGACAGCAGUCAGAGGGAGAGGGCAGAACUGGAGGAGGAGCUGCAGCGCUGCAAGGCAGAGCUGGAGAAGCUAUCAGUGGGGACUCAGAGAUUCAUCCAUCCGUCUGAGCACCCUGUUCUCUCCAUCCCCUUCAUAGGAAUGAUAGUAAUUGUGGCUGUGGUCUGGUGCUGGUUGUCGGAGCUGGCGUCCCAGAGAGCAAGGGGAGUGAGGUAGGUUGGAGCUCCAUUGUGACUCUCACUGCCGCCACAGCGAUCCUUCUAGCGAUGGCUAGCUUAUUGAGAGCUCUCGUCCGAUGCUGAUUGGAUGGGUAACAACUGCAGAAAGACGCACGUCUGCUCCAGACCAGCCUUCGCUGUCUUCUCCCACAUCCACAGACCAAACUGGAAUGAUUUAAAUACCGUGUAGUAGAAAACAUACAGGAGGUUUGAUCUCCAAGGUACUACGUGCUCGCGCAGACUGAUGCUAUUGCUGUCAGUCUUGCUUGAGAAAGAAAGCAUCGAUACAAUGAAAUGACCUCCAGGGAGUCCACGAGGACAGAUUUGUCCAAUAAAUGUAUGCUAGUGCUGUGUCAUUCCUUCUCUGUGUCAGUGAAUAUGAGCCUAUUGUCUUUAAAAAAAAGUGAUAGAAUAAAGGCUUUGUUUGUUAAUGCACACUAAAAUGGUUAUAUUUUAUUUAAUCAUUAUUUAUUUUUGUUUGUUAACCUAUUUCUCAUAAAUGUUUCUGAUAAUAAUGACAUUUUCAGGCAUUUCACUGAAAAUAAACAUCAACCUUUACAGCAAGUUUCCAAAUCACAAACGUUAUCCUACUAUUCCUGUUCUGCACCUCCUUCAGGUGUCAGCUCUUUUCUUUGUAAACACAAGUAAUGUGCAUUUACAAGAUCAGGUAUGUCUAAUUAAGUUCCUGCCAGUCCAAGCUUGUGUAUAAUGAUAUUUAAGGCAUGUAACCUUUGUUAGGUGUUAACCAACAGAGAGUCACUUCAGUGUACCUACCUGCUCACGGUUCACCUACCGUGUAGCAUUGUUACACAUAAAAUAGUGUGCUGUAGUCUUGUGAUGGUCAAAAAGGUUUUCUAGCAACUUCAGGAGGCCAUUCUGGUCUGAUUGAGCUUUGUUGUCAGCUUUUCAUGCAUGUUAGCUCCAUGUUGACAAAGGAAACUCUUCUUUUCCUUCCAUACUAAUUUUAUUAGCUUGAUUUUCCAAGUGGAUUUUUAGAAAUAUUGAAAGUACAUAGGUUGAAAAUACGGUUGGCCUUAAGUGUAAAAAAAAAAACCCAACAAAAAACAAAAAACAAAAUGCAGGAAUAAGAAAUACCAGAAGUUUCCAGUUACAGAUUAAUUAAACAAUACAGGCAGUAUGGACUUGGUUGGUUGCUUGGGAAGGUCCAGAAUAUGUAAAUAGGAAGGUGUUGAAGGGUCUAAGCAUUAGUUAAGAAAACAUUUGUAUUUGUUGAAGGAAUCUGUUUACAUUUAUGAAAUGUUUUAUUUUGUGGCAAUCUUUUAAAACCAAGAAAAGCAUGCUAGAAAACAUAUAGAAGCACAAUAUAUGAUUUAUGUUUGUUAUGUGGAUUCUGUUACGUUGAAUUUCAUGUAAAUAGAUGUGACAUACAGUACUAUGGGAGAAAUAUUUCUGAGAUCCAUUUGUACUAGCUUUGUAGAAAGUUUAUUCUAUUUUGAAAGAGUAUCGUAUAUUUGAUAGCCAAGCGAUAUACUAUGUAAAUGUUUAUUUAUUUGGACGUUACUGAGAAGAGUCACUGGCAUUUCUAAUCAUUUUCAGUACUUCUGUGUUCAAAGGUGGUGUAGUCAUUGCAUGCAUUGAGUUUCCAGCUGAUCCCAGUGGCCAGAUAUCACAGUAUAUGAUUUCUUGUUUUUGUACUCUGUUGGUUUUCAGAAAUGUGUUAAAACCUUUCUGAAGCAUUUGUCAUUAAACAGAGCCUUGAUAAGCAAUGCUUGACCAAUAUUUUUAUUUUUCUGCACAUGGAAGUAAGCAUAAAGGACAUAACCUAGCACAUGACUGCAAAUGUCAUUACCUGAUCAACUUGCAAUAGAAAUUAAAUUCUUCUAACUGCAAUAGUACAAAUUGUCUGACAUUAUUUGUACUUUUGAGCUUAUUUAAUGAAUAUUUGCAUCAUAGUUUCAUAAGCUUCUGUAUUUCUACUGUAAGCUCGCUGCUUUCCAUAAAGAUAGUGUUGUUGUUUUCAAUAUACUUGUGGCUAUUUUGUUACUUGGAGGUCUAUUUUGCACUGUAAAUUACUUGACAAAAUAAAUAUAUCCAGCCUA